UUGCUAUACUCGAAUACUCGUCCGCUAUAAAAUAAGAAGUCCAUCGAUUCGAACAAUCACAUGCUUCGGAGUAUUUGCCGAGUGAACAUCGCGGGGAAAAAGGGUUGAGCCGAUUCGUUCCGGAAGCAUGACGCAGAAACUGAUCCUUGCGAUGAUCCUCGCAAUAGCUGGGAUGAGCGGCCCGAUCAUCGCAGGUGUCGCAAGCAACAGGCCAUCUCACGUCCAAUGCGUGAGCAACUCGGAAUGCUUGCGAGGAAGCUGUUGCACCAUUGCGCCCUAUAAAUUCAGCGUGCCCCAGUGCCAAUCGAUGCAGGAAGAAGGAGCGCAAUGUAGACCAAUGGGACACGAGACCAUCAACACAACCCUAACUUAUCCAGAUGGUUCGGAAUUGGAAUUGAAGGGAGUGCAUUACAUCCUCUGCCCCUGCGACUACGGAUUAACCUGCGACCCUAAGGACGGGAUUUGCAGGGACGUCAGCCAAAGGAGGGACUUCAAUCACCUGCAAAACGAGGCUAUCGCGCACGAAGAUUAAUAGUCAAUAUUCGUGUAGCAUGAUUAACAUGUCGGCAAGCUUCUCUAUUUCUAUACAUCUGACAGGAACGGAUAGAACUGUACCUCGGAACUGAGCGCGUUUACUCCCUCUCCGAGAAACCUCCGAAUUUCCCAAUUCCGGAAUUUUAGAAAUUUCAACCGCACGGAACUGUUCGGCAUUUCCAAAGCUCUCGAAUUAUCCGAAAUCUGAUCGAAGUGAUCAAUGAUCUUUGAUAGGCCGUUUAUAACGGUCUGUUCGUGAAAUGCUGGGCAAACAGAAAGUUAGGAUUGGUAAUUGAGCAGGACGAUAAUAGUCGUUGAGAAAUGAAAGAUGAAAAUAAUGCGAGCUAUUAUCGGCUUCAAAGGGGUCCGACAAAUUUUAUGAAGUGCGAUCACUACUUUCGGUACUCUCGAGUUUGUCAGGAAAAAUGAUGCGACACCUCUUCGUGCUUUUUAAAGGCAUUUGGGUAAUCGAGUACGUGUGUACGAGAUGUAUGACAAAUUUGACAUAUGCAUUUAACACGUGCACCCGUGUAAUGUGUUAGUUUCCUUGUACUCGGUGCAGAUUGAUCACGAGCCAAUAAAUAGUAUCAGCUCAGUUCCUUUCGGUUCAUAGAUAAGAGUAAAAUGCCUAAUUACAUUUAAGAGCGUAAAGAUAAAAGGCUUGAUAAAACGUUUAUAAUUACGGACAGCUGAACGGUACCAAAUAAAUGUAGUCUAGGUCUAUGUCUCUAAGUAUGUACAUCUGUAGCAGUAUAGUAAGAAAAAGUCGCGUGUUAAAUGAAAUCGAUGAAUCGCAAAUAAAAAUUAUAUUUAUUUAUUUAACGAGAUAUAUAUAUAUGUAUGGAUAAAUAAAAACAAAAAUUGAGGCGUGUUUGAUAUCUUCCAAUAAUCUAAUUAAAUUUAGAGCAUGUUCAACAUUCUAAAUGAAUCAUUAUUACGAAUUCCGACAAGCUAUGAGACGUAAUAAGGUUCGUCCUCGUUCAUUCUAUUUGACAUUUUUUUUAUAUUUAUUUAUCCAAUAGUGUGUAUAUUACAAAUAAAGCAUUAACCAGUACAUCA